UGCAGCAUGUCUGUCAUUGUAGCACUAGUCAAGAAACUCUGGUGUGUUAAGAGAUACAUUGUAUUGAUUGCAACUCCACUCAUUCUCCUGCCUAUACUUUUCACACUUCCACCAAAGGAAGGAAAAUGCCUCUAUGUGGUGCUACUGAUGGCAUUUUAUUGGUGCACGGAGGCGCUACCACUGGCGGUUACUGCAAUGCUUCCAAUUGUCCUUUUCCCAUUUCUGGGGAUCCUUCCAUCCAGCAAAGUGUGCCCGCAGUACUUUCUAGAUACCAACUUCCUGUUUCUCAGUGGCCUUCUCAUGGCGGCAGCCAUUGAAGAGUGGAAUCUUCACCGGAGAAUUGCUCUGAAAGUCCUAAUUUUGGUCGGAGUCCAGCCAGCAAGGCUCAUUCUGGGAAUGAUGAUGACCACAGCUUUCCUUUCGAUGUGGCUGAGUAACACUGCGUCAACAGCUAUGAUGCUUCCUAUUGCAAAUGCAAUCCUUAAAAGCCUUUUUGGAGAAAAGUUUUGUGAGGAGAGGGGAAUUACAAGCAACGAGGAAAGCUCAGCUAACUUUCAAGAAAAUGGCCUACAUUUAGUGCCUACGGAAGCCCAGCUCCUCACAGCCAAUGAAGUCAAAGACCUGCCAGAGAAGUCAGACUUUUCCAUCGAGAUCCACCCAGAUGUUACAAAAGAACGUGAAUAUCAGAACAGAAUCUGGAAGGCUUUCCUUAUAUCAAUCCCAUACUCCGCCAGUAUAGGGGGAACGGCCACUCUUACCGGAACUGCACCAAACCUCAUCCUCCUUGGGCAACUAAAAAGUUUUUUUCCGGAUUGCGACGUUGUGAACUUUGGUUCUUGGUUUGUCUUUGCCUUUCCAUUGAUGGUUAUCUUCCUGGUUCUUGGAUGGCUUUGGAUCUCAAUUUUACACGGGGCAAUUAGUUUGAGUUGUAAAAGGAAAGAAAAGUCGGUAAUAAGAACUGAUGCUGAAGCCAAAGCGAGAGAUGUAAUACGGGAAGAUUAUCGCAAGUUGGGGCCCACAAAUUUUGCAGAAAAAGCCGUAUUCUUCUUUUUCUGCCUCUUUGCAAUCCUUCUAUUCACAAGGGAUCCAAAAUUUAUCCCUGGAUGGUCUUCUGCAUUUACCCCUGGGUUUACCUCGGAUGCCGUUACAGGAAUCACUAUAGCCAUUAUACUGUUCUUUUUCCCAGCUGAAAAACCUUCAUUAAAGUGGUGGUUUGAUCUAAAAGCUCCAAAUACAGAAAAUAGAGCGCUGUUAUCUUGGAAGAAAGCCCAGGACACAGUGCCUUGGAACAUCAUUUUGCUUCUCGGAGGAGGGUUUGCAAUGGCAAAGGGUUGUGAGGCUUCAGGAUUGUCCACAUGGAUCGGAGGUCGCCUGCAUCCCCUUGAAGGUGUUCCACCAGCUGUGGCUGUACUCCUGGUCACUAUACUAAUUGCUUCCUUCACCGAAUUUGCUAGUAACACUGCAACCAUUAUAGUCUUCCUUCCUGUACUCUCGGAGCUGGCUAUUCGGCUUAAAGUUAAUCCUCUUUAUCUCAUGAUCCCUGGAACUGUUGGCUGCUCCUAUGCAUUCAUGCUACCCGUAUCCACACCUCCCAACUCUAUAGCAUUCUCUACUGGACAUCUGCUUGUCAAAGAUAUGGCAAAAACUGGAUUAUUGAUGAAUUUGAUGGGGGUACUUCUUCUCAGUCUGGCCAUGAAUACCUGGGCAUCCAGUAUUUUUCAGCUGGGCACCUUUCCUGACUGGGUCCAUCUCCCGUCCAGUAAUAUCACAAGUCUUGCAGCGGGAAUACAGAAUGCCACCAUGGGUGGCUGAACACCUAAUUUACGUGAAGUUUUCGUCAGCUGGCGUUGGUAUAAAACAAGAAACUAAGACAUGAACAGCCUAACUUUUAAAGAAAGAGCACUUUCUUGUUACCGGUUCCAGAAACUAUAAAUCAGUCACUUUUAAAGCAUUACAGUUGUAUUGGCGGCGCGUUUCGCGUUCUGUGAUGGAUUCAAAAUAUGAACAAUAACAGAGCUAUUUACUAAAGUGAGAAUUCCAAGUGAAUGUUAGAUUUAAGGACAAAUAGCCAAACUGCAAAAAAUUGUCUAUUCGCUUAUGCUUUCCUUAAAUUUUAUAUUUUCUUUGUAUAACAAUCUCACUUUAGUUAAUAACUCUAUAAGCUGCUUGACUUGUUAAAGUCUAUAAUAAUGUUGACAGUCCUGAUUAUUAUUAUUAUUAAAUUUUAUUUAUGAAGCUCUAACACACUCCCCAGCCAUGUACACGGGUACAAUUGGUACCAGUAAAAAGACAAAGGUACUAUACACCUUGGACAAUGCAUUUGACAAACAAAUGAAA